GGUUAAACAUUUUCACUUAUUUGAUAGCAUAUUAAAGUGUCUUUAUAUUAUAAACUUGUCUUGAAAUAAGCCUACAGGUGUUUGCUUUUAGUCUUCAUCAUGAUUCAAUUGUCCGUGUGACAUGAUCUUGUCAAACUGUUUUCGAACGAGGGAACUUUAAACAAAUACUCAAAUUUCUCUGUCAGUUUGUUUCCCAACACGGACGACGCUCCUGCAGUUUGUCAUGGCCACGCGCAUACGACCGAGCAGUAAGAGGUGUGCAGUGAUCGGAGGCUCAGGAUUCCUGGGUAGACACCUGGUAGAGAAGCUGUUGGGUAAAGGCUACACUGUGUCGGUGUUUGACAUCAGACAGAGCUACGAACUACCAGGAGUCACCUUCCACCAGGGAGACCUCUGUGACAAACAGGCUCUCCUAACAGCCCUCCAAGGUGUCUCCCUGGUGUUUCACUGUGCCUCUCCAGCCCCAGCCAGUGAUGACAAGGCUCUGUUCCAGAGAGUCAACAUCCAGGGGACACAGACUGUCCUACAGGCCUGCACUGAGGCUGGAGUACAGAAAGUGGUACUGACCAGCAGUGCCAGUGUGGUGUUUGAAGGAACAGACAUUAAGGAUGGGAGAGAAGACCUUCCCUACGCCAAGAAGCCCAUCGACUACUACACAGAGACCAAGAUAGAACAGGAGAAGGUGAGGACACUACUACACACAGAGACCAAGAUAGAACAGGAGAAGGUGAGGACACUACUACACACAGAGACCAAGAUAGAACAGGAGAAGGUGAGGACACUACUACACACAGAGACCAAGAUAGAACAGGAGAAGGUGAGGACACUACUACUACACACAGAGACCAAGAUAGAACAGGAGAAGGUGAGGACACUACUACUACACACAGAGACCAAGAUAGAACAGGAGAAGGUGAGGACACUACUACUACACACAGAGACCAAGAUAGAACAGGAGAAGGUGAGGACACUACUACUACACACAGAGACCAAGAUAGAACAGGAGAAGGUGAGGACACUACUACUACACACAGAGACCAAGAUAGAACAGGAGAAGCUGGUUCUGAAGGCCUGUGACAAGGAGAAGGGCCUCCUGACAGUGGCCAUCCGACCUCACGGUAUCUUUGGCCCCCGGGACCCCCAGCUGGUGCCCAUCCUGGUCGACACGGCACGCAGGGGCAAUAUGAAGUUCAUUAUCGGUGAUGGUUCUAACCUGGUGGAUUUCACCUUCGUGGACAAUGUGGUUCAUGGACUCAUCCUGUCUGCUGAGAGUCUGAGGCCAGAGUCUCCUAUCUGUGGCAAGGCGUACCACAUCACUAAUGACGAGCCUGUCCGGUUCUGGGACUUCAUGUCAGAUAUUCUAGUAGGUCUGGGCUCCGCUGCUCCGCGCUACAACCUUCCCUACACACUAGUCUACGGGAUGGCUCUGCUGCUGUGGCUGCUGUCGGUGUUACUAUGCCCCCUAGUGACCUUCAAACCCACCUUCACCCCCAUGAGGGUGGCCCUGGCAGGUAAACACCACUUCUACAGCUGCUCCAGAGCCAAGCAGGACAUGGGGUACAAGCCUGUGGUCGGUCUAAAGGAUGGAAUCAGACGCACGGUGGAGAGCUAUCCUCAUCUACGACAUGGAGCCUGAUGACUACCUGCAAUAUGGUAGCCUGGAAACCAAACUGAUAUGCUCCGUGUAACAAUGGUGAAAUGGAUCGUAUCAGUUUCGAUUUCAGGCUAGUGGUACAGAACCUCACUUGAGUCCUAACUUGACGUCUAUGCACAUUAAUCACUGCUGUCAAUGGGAGAAAAACAUUUGAAGCUGUGAGUUGUGUACAGUUAUCAAGUUAAGAUUCAACCUGAAGGGUCCGGACUGUUUCAUACUCUCACCAGUGUCUCGAGUCUUGUUCUUUAGGUAACAAAUGUUUUAUUUUCAAACAAUAUAUUUGUGGGCCUAUAAUACUAACUGGGGGUAUAAGCCUGUGAAAUGAGUGCUCUCUCUCUCAUGUCUAUGGACCUAUGAGGAUCUGUGAACUCUCACCUUUCCUAGGACAGUCAGUAACACAUUUUUGCCUGGCUUCAGUACCUCUCUUCACCAAUAGAGCAGCACCAUCUUGUUUCUAGUCUCUUAUACAAAUCACAAGCAGUCAUGCAGUUUGUUAAUUUCAAAUAAAAUAUCUUAUGUCUUACAUUCCCUUAAUCUAAACAUUGUACAGUUUAUUAAAACGCGAACAUAGAAUGUGUUUGUAUAGGAAUUAACAUAUAAUAAAGCUUGUUCACCCUCA